UUCAAACUUUGAUUUUACCGAAAACUUUCUAUUCCAGCUGCUGGUGAUUGCAGGGUGCCAUAAGCGUGGUGUUUCCAGAGGGAUGUACCUAGAUAGGAGAUGAAAGACUGGCUCUGUAAUGCUGCAUUCAUCUCGUUUAAAUUGCUGUCUAUGUUGGGAGGUGUUACAGCGAACAGAUAGCACGCUUGUAUCUAUUAUUCCUAUUAUUAUUUUUCUGGUAAUUUCAUUCCAAGACCGUUUAGUUUUAUUUAUCUUUAUCUGGGGUUUGUUUUGCUAAGGGCUCAGUAGUACAUUGUGCUACUGUGUAAAAUCGAAUGCUCCGUAAUUCACUGGCAACACAGCGAGGCUCUUAACUGCGCAGGCUUUCAGCGGUGCUGCUAAUAACUUGCCGAGGGUGGUGAUGUGACUUGAUUUCCAGCCUGUUCCUGGUCUCUAAUUGCCAAUCAGACCAUCUUUACACUGCGUUUUUGUUACCAGUUCUGAAGUCAGUUUAUAUAUAUUUGGGGAAAGGGUGGAUUAAGGGGGACAGAGAUUGCUUUGCUUUGCUUCUUCUGUUUUGAUCAUCUGCAAGGCCAUAAAAAAUUAAAAUUACUUUGGCAGUGGGGGAGAUUUGAAAUGAAAUGCUGUCGUGACAUGAGGUUGCCGUGUGGGCAAAGAUUUUCACAUGCUCAGCACAGCUCUACAAAAAUACCCCAACUCCUGUUACACAGGGAAGAACCGAGCUGAUACUUCCUUUUUCUCUGUUAUGGUAACUUUCGUAUUUCUAUAACAUGUAAGGAAGACUGUUACAUCAGCAAUAUACUUAAAGGUUUCACUUAAUAUCAUUAAAGGUUUCACUUAAUUUUAUAAAAAGCAUAGAAUAGCAACCAAGAAUAAAAUUCUGAGAAUUUUAUUCUUCAACUUAAACUGGUCUAGUAUAGUUUAACCGCUGGUCUUUAAAGUUUCACUUAAUGUAAACUAUGGCAAGUAUAAGCAAGGCUUUCUGAGUUACUUACAUGGUUUCUCAAAGACUAUGCAAUAUUUUACUGUAUUCUGUUCUGUACUUCUUCAGUACCCUCCUGUGCUGCUUUUGCAGUGAUGCUUUUUUUUCCCCCAAGAACUUCUGCUCUUCAUUAAAAACUGAAAAUAAAUAAACCACAAGUGAUUGAAAAGACAGUGUAUACCAGUAAUUAGAAUAAAACCCCCUUGAUUAAUUCAGAAGGGAAAAAUGGUGAUCAUCUUGGAUUCUAUUGCUUAAUUACUGUCGUCAGAUGUCAUUUUGCCAUGACAGUGAGUCUGUAGUGAAUUUUACAGUGCUGAGAAGAUAAUUCAUUGUUAGUGUGCUUAGCUUGUUCUCAUGACAUCACUUUUGACGCUGUUUUGUCAGGCUGAAAUAUCUGGUCCUCAGCAGUAUGGCAGCCUUACAAAGGCAUUGAGGAUUUGCAUGUGCAGUAUGUUGCAGAUUUCCACAUUGUGUGAUAUACAAAACAAGCUUAAAUGCUGUAUCUUAUGUAGAUGGAUAACCAUUCCUGUACUUUGACAGAAAUAAUAUUUUGUAGGUGUACAGGUACUAUAAGUAAGAUCUCUUUAUCAUAUUUUUAUCUACUUUCAAAUGCCAUUCUAAUUAGAGUUUUUGGAGAAACUGUGGAAUACUUUUUUAUGGAAUUACUGGCAUUCUUGAGCACUAGAUGUAUAUUACAUGCAGUAGCACAUGAAGUUAAUAAUUCAAUUCACAUUUUAUACGAACUAGAAAAAUGCUAUUCUAUGUCUAAGGCCUGUAUAUGAUCCAGACAUCAUUAAGUCUCCUGUUAAAAUCCCUGGAGACAAACAGGGUAUUUUAUUGGGACCUAUAAUGUCAGUAGAUAGGGGUGUAUGAAUGCUAACAAUGUAUGUUAAUUUGAAGCAGCCAAACAUCUUAGUGUUUCCUCUGUACUGAAUUCAGUAUGUAUUUGGAUCCAUUUCAGUAUUAUCAAUCAUUCUUUUAGCAGUGCUUUCUACUCAUGUUAUCUAGGAAUGCAAAACAGUAACACUAAAUCAGAGAAAACAGUUUGAGAGGCAUGAAUUAAAAUAUUUAAUAUAUGGGGCAGUUUGAGAGCUGCAAAAAAUGCAGUCAUAAAUUUGAAUUUUGUUGUUUAAAUUAAAAUUGUAAUAGAAGCUGCUCUGCACUCGUGUGAAUGAUGACAAGAGCAAUCUGAAUGAUUUGAGCUGUACAGGUCCUAAUUGUUAUGAAGUACCAGGAAUUUACCAUUCUUCUACUUAAACAGAAUUCCACUUCCUGCUUCCAAUUAAAAUGAAAAACAUGUCUUAUUUUCUAUCUUUACAUACUGCUCAAUACAAGUUCUUGAUUUAAACUGGUAGCAGCAGCUGAUGCUACAGAAAAAAAUAACAGUAAAUAGGUAUAGGACAUAAUCUUUCAGGACUGACCCAGUACAGCACUGACACACAAGUGCUUGAAAGAUUUUUAUUUAGUAUUGUAGGUUUAAAAUGUUUAGAAAUUAUGCCAACAUGAAGAUACGAACCAUGAGAUUUAGUUAAACAUCACUCAGCCUUAACUCAGGAAUGGUUACUUUGGCAUGCUAACAACUGAAAUACUCUUGUCUAAUUUAUGAACUUGUCAAUAGACUAGAAAAUCAGUGCUCUGAGGGACUUCUUUGUGCAUAUUACCUUUUUUUUUUUUUCCCUGUCCAUGACAGUACUUCUGUAGUGCUUUUCCUUGUGGACGGGUUGACAGAUUUUAACAUGGUUUGGAUGACCAGCAGUGCAAAAGAUUGCAGCCUCUGUUUAAGUAUUGGGAAGGCUCUGGAUCAUCUUCAACAAGACGGACGUUGAAUGUUUAGCAUCGCCUCUUUGGAUUUUUGCAUGUGAAUUGGAACCACUUUAUUUCUAGGAACCAAAUGGGAAAUCUUUUAAAAGUUCUCACUUGCACAGAGCUUGAUCAGGGGCCAAAUUUUUUCCUUGACUUUGAAAAUGCACAGCCCACGGAUGGAGAAAGGGAGGUCUGGAACCAGAUCAGUGCAGUUUUACAGGACUCAGAAAGCAUGCUUGCAGACCUUCAGGCUUACAAAGGAGCUGGACAAGAAAUUAGAGAUGCAAUACAAAAUCCCAAUGAUAUCCAGCUGCAAGAAAAAGCAUGGAAUUCAGUCUGUCCCCUGGUUGUAAGGCUAAAGCGCUUUUAUGAGUUUUCACUCAGAUUAGAGAAAGCCCUGCAGAGUUUACUGGAAUCCUUGACAUGCCCUCCCUACACUCCAACUCAGCACCUGGAACGGGAACAGGCUCUAGCAAAAGAGUUUGCAGAAAUCUUACAUUUUACUCUUCGUUUUGAUGAACUUAAGAUGAGAAACCCAGCAAUUCAGAAUGACUUCAGUUAUUACAGGCGGACAAUAAGUCGCAACCGAAUAAACAACAUGCAUCUAGACAUUGAGAAUGAAGUGAACAAUGAAAUGGCCAAUAGGAUGUCCCUGUUCUAUGCGGAGGCCACACCAAUGCUGAAAACCCUCAGUAAUGCAACAACACAUUUUGUAUCAGAAAACAAAACAUUACCAAUUGAAAAUACAACGGACUGUCUAAGUACUAUGGCCAGUGUAUGUAAAGUCAUGUUGGAAACACCAGAGUACAGGAGUAGAUUCACCAGUGAAGAGACCCUUAUGUUCUGCAUGCGAGUAAUGGUGGGAGUUAUUAUCCUGUAUGAUCACGUUCAUCCUGUGGGAGCUUUCUCAAAGACAUCAAAGAUUGAUAUGAAGGGAUGCAUAAAAGUUUUAAAGGAACAACCACCUGACUCUGUGGAAGGACUUCUGAAUGCUCUCAGGUUCACUACAAAACACCUGAAUGAUGAAUCUACUUCAAAACAAAUUCGAGCUAUGCUGCAGUAGUAUCCACAGACAAGUAGAUGUUUGUAUUGAUCACAGAAGAUGUGUAUGUUUACAUAAUUUAAUACAGUUUGAUGUUAAUACUUGUGUGUAUUUACAUAACCAUUUUCUUCACAUUGCUAAAAUAUAUAAAUCUGUUCAUAACCUGACUGACUUUAUAUAGUGCAACCUAAGUUUUUAUUCCAGCCUUUAUCUUUUGACUUUUAAAAUACUUUUUUACUUAGAUACUUCAGUUAAGACAGUUUAUCUGUGCAUUUUAAUCCUUAAACACCUUCUCUAUCAGAGAAGUAGUAGUGAAGACAAAAUGGAAAUCAAACUGAAAUGUCAAAGGUACCACAGAAAAGGAACUUUAAAGAAGAAGAAAGUUAAUAUAAGAGAAAGCAAAAUUAAUUUGGUAUGUUUUGAAGAACAUGUGCACAGUUUUUUGGUCAGUUUUAGGAUCUUGUCAAACUAGUAUGAAUAGGAGAAUACAUGAAUGUUCAUUACUCAUAAAAUGCAUUGUCUUU